AUGAAAGUAAGCGAAGCGAAACGAAACGAAGACAAUAGCGCCGAGACCCAAGAAAAAUGCAAGAAAAAUGCAAUCAAUGUGAUAAAACCCAAGAAAAAUGCAAUCAAUGUGAUAACGAAGGUCGACACAAGCGAGAAGACUGUAUCGCGCAUGGCCAAAAUUGCCGAUUACUUUCAAAACCCGAAAAAUUUCCCAGUG